GACUCGAACGUUGAAGUGGAAGAACACACCCAAGGUAAUCCUGACCCCUCCUCUUUCUGAAGACAUCUUAAAACCGCUCCCCGUUCCCUCUCAGCAUUUUGAUAUUUACACACUCACCAGCACUGAGAGGGGAAAUGGCACAGCAAGGAUAUCGAUGUGUUGCCGGACCUGAGAACGUGGAAUGUGAUUUCUGCAAUGGGACAAAACGGAAAGCUUUCAAAUCCUGUCUGCAGUGUAAGUUCUCCUACUGUCAGGAGCACAUCCAGCCUCACUACGAAGGGCCCUUGAAGAAACACAGUCUGGUGGAAGCUUCAAAGCGCCAUGAAAACAUCUGUAGUCAACACAAUGAGGAGAAAAACAUCUUCUGCCGCACUGAUCAGCAGCGUAUCUGUGUGAGCUGCUUUACGACUGAACACAAAGGCCACAGCAUAGUGUCUGUCUCAAAAGAAGUGCCCGAGAAGCAGGAAGAGCUCAGAAAAAGACAACAAGAAAUCCACCAGAGAAUCCAGAGUCAAGAGAAAGAUGUGAUUGCUCUUCAGCAGAAGAUGGACGCCCUCAAUCGCUCUGCUGAUAAAGCAGUGGAGGACAGUGAGAAGAUGUCUACUGAGCUGAUUACACUUAUCCAGAAAAGGAGCUCUGGUGUGACGCGCAAGAUCAAAUUGCAGCAGGGAAUUGAAGUGAGUUGGGCCGAAAAGCUUCAGGAGAAGCUGAAGCUGGAGAUCGCUGAUCUGAGGAAGAACAAAAUUGAUUUGGAGAAGCUGUCGGCCGAAGACGAUCCGACCCAGUUUCUGCACAAGUACGCCUUGCUGACACCGCUCCCAAAAUCCACCACCGUGCCAAUCUUCAACACGGGCCCUUUGCAAUACUUUGAGGAAGUGACUGCUUCUGUUUCUGCGGCCAGAGACACACUACAAACCAGCUGUACCAAGGAGUGGACCAACAUCUCAAGGUGUGUGGCCGAGGUGAAUGUUUUCCCACUACCAGAACCGAGAGCUGAAUUCUUACAGUAUGCAAAAUGUUUCAAACUGGAUCAAAACACGGCGAGCAUGAAGAUGUCGUUAUCGGAAGGGAACAGGAAAGCCACAUGUACAAAAGAUCAACAGCCGUAUGGUGCUCACGCAGACAGAUUCAUGGGGAGGUCUCAGGCUCUGUGUAAAACAGGCCUGUCUGGGCGUCAUUACUGGGAAGUGGAGUGGAGUGGCUUAGGAGUUUCAGUAGCAGUUGCAUACAGGGACAUCGCCAGAACAGGAGCUUGCAGUGUAUUUGGUGAGAAUGACAGGUCUUGGGCAUUAGAGGUUUUGAACCAAGAACAUAGUAUAACUUAUAAUUUCAAGCACAACCGCAACAGAAAGAAAAAGUCAUUUGCAAAGCCCUGCGCCUCCAAAGUAGGGGUGUUCCUGGACCACAAGAAAGGGAUUCUGUCCUUUUACGAGGUCUCUGACACUAUCACUUUCCUUUUCAGAGAACAGACCAGAUUCAGUCAGCCACUCUAUGCUGGACUUGGUGUUUAUUAUUAUGGAUCAACAGCCAAGUUUUGUGACACAAUGUAGUACACAAUGAUUUAACUGAAGUUUCCCCAGGAAACAACGGCAGUUUAGAUCAGCCAAGAGAGAGAGAGAGAGCUUUUACAAAUUAGAUACAGCUCCUUUAGUAAUGCAACCAAGCCGAUAUUCAACCAUGUGGUGUCCUGUGUGCUCUAUAUCUGCACUGUAACACUUUAUGUUUUGUCGGUGAUUUGGAGCUUAAAUAAGCAGGGUGUCAUUUUUUUUAUUAUUGUGGGUUUUUUGGUACAGACAAAGGACUGUUUUGUUCAUUAAUCUGAUUCAUCACUGAAUUAUUUUACUACACAGUGCUGACAUACGAAGCAUACUGUUUUGUGUAUAAAGUGAAUACAUAGCUUGAAAGAUGGACCUCUAACCUUAACCCUUAUUGUCCCACUUGGACAAGCAUGGAGAUAGAUUACUAUUUACAGUACUUAGUUACUGGGGCCUUUGCACUCGCUUAUUUUCUUUUGUAUUUUCUUUUUAAUCUUAUUGUCUUUUUUGAUUAUUAUCAUUAUAAUGAUUUUCUCUUUUUUUGUUACCAUGUAUCUUGUUCACUUUGCUGCCGCGAUCCUGUAAAUUUCCCCAUUGUGGGACAAAUAAAGGAAUAUCUUAUCUUAACAA